ACAGACCUGUAGGAGCUGGAGUGGGAGACCACGAGCACGAAUUCUUUCCGAGUCCCUGGGUAAGAUGAACCUGCUUCUUUUCUUGGCUUUAGGAGGUUUCCUUGCUUAGUGGGAGGUAUGUGGCUCCUAAGGGGUGGGUUUGAAGAGCCACUUUUGUGAGCAACUUGGGUGUUUUUUCAGCCCCAGUUUCCGGCUUGCCUGAUUCUUGUGGUGUCAAGGCAUCCCCGGAAGCUUCAACUCUGGAGGCAAUGGGUCGAAAGGAAGAAGAUGACUGCAGUUCUUGGAAGAAACAGACCACGAACAUCCGGAAAACCUUCAUCUUCAUGGAAGUGCUGGGAUCAGGAGCUUUUUCGGAAGUUUUCCUGGUGAAGCAAAGGGUAACAGGGAAGCUCUUUGCCCUGAAGUGCAUCAAGAAGUCACCUGCCUUUCGGGACAGCAGCCUGGAGAAUGAGAUCGCUGUGUUGAAAAAGAUCAAGCAUGAAAACAUCGUGACCCUGGAGGACAUCUAUGAGAGCACCACUCACUACUACCUGGUCAUGCAGCUCGUCUCCGGCGGGGAGCUCUUUGACCGGAUUCUGGAGAGGGGUGUCUACACUGAGAAGGAUGCCAGCCUGGUGAUCCAGCAGGUCUUGUCGGCCGUGAAAUACCUCCACGAGAAUGGCAUCGUCCACAGAGAUUUAAAGCCUGAAAACCUGCUGUACCUCACUCCUGAAGAGAAUUCUAAGAUCAUGAUCACAGACUUUGGUCUGUCCAAGAUGGAACAGAGUGGUGUCAUGUCUACUGCCUGUGGGACCCCAGGCUACGUAGCUCCGGAAGUGUUAGCCCAGAAACCCUACAGCAAGGCUGUGGAUUGCUGGUCCAUUGGCGUCAUCACUUACAUACUGUUGUGUGGGUAUCCGCCUUUCUACGAAGAAACUGAGUCUAAGCUUUUUGAGAAGAUCAAGGAUGGCUACUAUGAGUUUGAGUCUCCUUUCUGGGAUGACAUUUCUGAGUCAGCCAAGGAUUUUAUUUGCCACUUGCUGGAGAAGGACCCGAAUGAGCGGUACACCUGUGAGAAGGCCUUGAGGCACCCCUGGAUCGCUGGAAACACAGCCCUCCGCCGGGACAUCUACCCGUCGGUCAGCCUCCAGAUCCAGAAGAACUUUGCCAAGAGCAAGUGGAGACAAGCCUUCAACGCAGCAGCUGUGGUGCACCACAUGAGGAAGCUGCACAUGAACCUGCACAGUCCGGGUGUCCGCCCGGAGAUGGAGAACAGGCCACCUGUCACGCAAGCCUCAGAUGCUUCAAGACCCAGCUCCCCUGAGAUCACCGUCACCGAGGUGCCCGCCCUGGACAAGAGCGUGGCGCUCCCUGCCCUGGCACGGCUGCCCUGCCCACACAGCCCCCGGCCCGCUGCCCCCAGCGGCCGGUCCCUCAACUGCCUGGUCAACGGCUCCCUCCGCAUCAGCAGCAGCCUGGUGCCCAUGCAGCACGGGCCCCUGGCCGUCGGGCCUUGUGGCUGCUGCUCCAGCUGCCUGAGCGUCGGGAGCAAAGGGAAGUCCUCCUACUGCUCCGAGCCCACGCUCCUCAAAAAGGCCAACAAAAAACAGAACUUCAAAUCUGAGGUCAUGGUACCCGUCAGAGCCAGUGGCAGCUCCCACUGCCGGGCAGGGCAGACUGGAGUCUGUCUCAUUAUGUGAUCUCUGGGGUCUGUGCCUGUGUCACUGACAUUUUCAGAAGAGAUGGUCAACUCUCCUCUGCCCUUCCAAACCCAGGUCCACCCUGCUGCAGGAGGAAGGAGAGCAAGUGGGGCAGGGCCUGGCAGGAGCUGUUUCUGGCCAGAAGCAGCCGACUGCUACCGCCUGGGCAGACCGCCACCAAAGGCCCAGGCGUGACCCUCCAGGCAUGGAGGCUUCACUGCAGCUGUGGGCAGGAGGAGCGACAUCUGCUGGCUUCCAGGUCUCCCUGACCUGCCUGCUCUGUGCCCCACGCCCUGUGUGCUGUGGCUCUGUGCCGUGUGCAUAGGUAGCUCUUGCCUGGGUCUGUGUCAUCUGUCGUGAAAAGCUUAACAGGCUGGCCAGGCUGUGUCACCUUCAAAGCAAAGCCAUAAGGAGCCUCUACCCAGACUCUCCAAUCGACACACACGUGCUCCUGCCCCUCAGGCCUCCAGUGGGCUCAUUAACGCAGUCCCCUGCCCAUCUGCAUGAAUGACAGGCAGCUCUGUGGUCUGCCUACGAGCUCUCAGAAUUUGAAUCCUUAACUCCAGGAUCAGCUCCCAGCUGGGCCGAGGCCACACCAGCCCACCCUAGCCAACUUCUCAGCCGCCUCCCUCCCUGCCCCAGUCCAAGAGCAGUGCCACGCCCUCUGAGACGAAAAAGGAAGAAAUCCAUGACUGGGUACUAUAAGGAGUUAGUGUCCUGGCCAGAUGCCCUCCCCACACACACCCAAAUAAGUAAAAAUGAGAAGCUGGCGCUUUUAAUUUCAGCCAGUAAUUCUAACCCAGACUCUGCUCCCUUUUCUCUCCCUGAGAGUCAGGCACAUCGUCCUUGUCCCUCCCCAGUUUUCUUGCCGCCCAGCCCCCCUCCAGCUUCAUGCUCAGUGUUGUGCUCAAUAAAAUGGACAUAUUUUUCU